AUCUCUCCUUCAUCUGCAGAAGAAAUGCCUCCUGGUUUGGAGGUGUCCCUAAGCCUCAAGAGGGUGCCAACAGUGGGUGAGAGCAUCGUCAUGUUUGUAAUGGUCAGGAACAACUCGAGCAGCUCCCGGGUUCUGAUGGAGCACGUCAACGCUCAGCUGAAGGAGUACAACAGAAACGCACAGGAGAGCUUCUGGAAGUCUCACAAAGAAGAGUGCAUAAAGGCGGGGGAAGUUCUGAAGCUGGAACACUCCAUCCUUCCCUCUGAGUACGAGUCUGUGCUGGCCGAUGAUGACAUUAUGAAUGUGGCCGUUGUGAUAAAGGACCUCCUGACGAAAGAAAGGUUCCUGGCCACGCAGGAGUUCAACGUAACCUCACCAAAGAUAACCGUGGAGAUUGAAGGAGGGGGCAGCAUCCAGAUGAAGAAGGAGUACAAAGCCCAUGUGUCCUUCACCAACACAUGCAGCAAUAGUGUGAAUGGAGCCGUGCUGACAGUAGAGGGGUCUGGCCUGCUGCAAGGCAAACAGGAAUCCAGGAUGGCUAUCCUGAAGCAGGACGAGAAGAUAGAGAAGACAGUGACCAUCAUGGCCGCUUGCCCCGGCACUAAACUGCUGAAGGCGACUUUCUCACACAGUAAAAGCCCCAAAGCCAUUUCCAGAACCUUCCACAAAGUCACCGUCGUGAGUGCAUGACACUCAUGAGUCCAUCCUCCAGAAAAGCUCCAGGAAAUUAUUUUCUUUGCAGUAAGACCUGGACAGUGACUUUGUUUUAUUGUUAAAAUGUUGUGUUUUGGUAGUCUCCAUUCAUUGAUCCAUUCAAAAUAAUCAACAUACACGAUAUUCUGUAACGGUGAUCGGGUAAAUCAAAGUCAGAGAACAAUAUUUCUGUAUUAUAUCAUACAUGGUUUGAUCAUUUAAAAAAAUAUCCAACAGGUUUUACAUACAUGUACCAUACUAUACACAAAACACUUUUUAUAUAUGAUAAUAUGAAUAUAUCAUAGUAUUUAGUACUUGUCUUCUUUACCUUUUCUUUUGGAGUUGCAUACAUACAUUUCCAUCAGUAAACUCAACCAGCGGAUUGUCUCAGAAAUGUCAGGCAAAACGAAAUGUCUCUAAUAUGAUUGGUAGCAACCUAUAGAAAAAAAUCACUUAUUAAGUAGCCAGUUUCAAAAAGAUCUGAUGACAGCAUUAUGAGUAUGUCUUCACACUGAUGGUUCAUAUAUAAAGAAUACACACUGUAUACUUUUCACUUUAUGAUUAUAAAGAAGGGGCCUUAUGUGAAUUAUGAUUAAAUAGUUAUCACAAAGAUACGAGAUAAUGUCAUGAUUCCUUAACCUCUACUAGUGAGUCAGAUCAUGGGAAACUUAGUUGCCUUUAACUUUCAAAGUGCUUUACAGAUUAAAAGCAAAAGACAUUUGA